AUGUCGAGGAGAAAGACCAGAGAGCCCAAGGAGGAAAAUGUGACACUUGGACCUGCCGUGAAGGACGGAGAGCAAGUUUUCGGUGUUGUUCACAUCUUUGCAUCUUUCAAUGACACUUUCAUUCAUGUGACUGAUCUUUCCGGAAGAGAAACUCUCGUCCGUAUCACCGGUGGAAUGAAGGUGAAGGCUGAUCGUGAUGAGUCUUCUCCUUAUGCUGCUAUGCUUGCUGCUCAGGAUGUUGCUCAAAGAUGCAAGGAGCUAGGCAUCACUGCCAUGCACGUGAAGCUCCGUGCCACUGGAGGAAACAAAACCAAGACUCCAGGACCUGGUGCUCAGUCAGCUCUCAGAGCUCUUGCUCGUUCAGGCAUGAAGAUUGGUCGUAUAGAGGAUGUGACACCAAUUCCCACCGACAGUACACGCAGGAAGGGUGGAAGGAGAGGAAGAAGACUUUGA